GUUAAACAAAGGAGGCGUUUAGUAUCAAGAAUUUUAUAUCGCCCUCUAAGCACGACCCUCGCAAGAUGAGUCUUCCAUUAUGGGGUCAAAGCGAGGACCAACGCUCGGAGUCAGGGAACACUACAGAUAAUGACAAUCUCGAGGCACAGAUAGAGAAAUGCCCAGAGACUACUUUAUCCAUGGGGGAAGGAAAGGCUUUCCCGCCGCUUCUACCAGACUUAGAAGAUUAUGUUGUGACAUUUGACGGCCCGGAAGAUCCAGAACAUCCUUAUAAUUGGAAGUUCUCCGCUAAACUGUACAUCUCUGUCAUCGUUUGCUUUGGAACCUUUGUCGCAUCCUUUGCCAGUGCCAUCUUUGCGCCGGGGACAGGUGGUGUUGCCACGGCCUUUGGGGUGAGCUCUGAGGUUGGGAUACUUGGUACGACGCUCUUUGUUCUGGGCUUUGCAUCCGGUCCUAUGAUUUGGGCCCCCUCGUCCGAGCUGAUAGGCAGACGAUGGCCAUUGACUGUAGGUAUGUUCGGGGUCGCAGUGUUCAGCAUUGCGUCCGCUGUGGCGAAAGAUAUUCAGACUGUGAUCAUUUGUCGCUUCUUUGCUGGUCUCUUUGGGGCUAGCCAGCUCUCUGUGGUUCCUGCCGUGCUAUCGGACCUUUUUAAUAAUACCCACCGUGGCCCCGCGAUCACUGUCUACUCCUUAGCGGUGUUUGUGGGGCCAUUUAUUGGGCCAUUUGUUGGGGGGUUUAUCUCCUCCAGCUAUCUCGGCUGGCGAUGGACCCUUUAUAUUCCUGCUAUUAUGGGUUUUGCGAUGACCGCCCUGAACAUCUUGUUUGUGAAAGAGACUUAUGCCCCAAUCCUGCUCAUCUCUAAAGCCGAAGCUAUCCGGCAUCAGACGUCCAACUGGGGGAUCCAUGCUAAACAGGAGAAGGUUAAGGUUGAUUUCCAAGAGCUACUGGAAAAGUAUUUUACACGCCCAUUGAGGAUGCUGAUCACCGAGCCGAUCAUCCUGGUGAUCUCGCUCUAUAUGUCCUUCAUUUAUGGGCUUGUCUAUGCGCUCCUUGUCGCCUACCCCUAUGUAUUCGAGUCCGUGUAUGGGAUGAACCCAGGAGAGGCUGGCCUUACCUUUUUUGGCCUUAUCAUUGGCCUGGUCUGUGCAUGUGGAUUUGUGCUCUCCCAGCAAUCUGUCUAUGUGCAGAAGCUGGUUGCCAACAAAAACGUUCCUGUGCCUGAAUGGCGCCUGCCCCCGGCUAUUAUCGGUGCACCCAUCUUUACCGUGGGAGUAUUUUGGUUCAGCUGGACAGCCUUCACCCCCAAUAUUCACUGGAUGGUCCCAACCGCCUCGGGGGUUCUGAUCGGCUUUGGAAUUCUGUGUAUUUUUCUUCCAUGCUUCAACUAUCUGGUGGAUUCAUUCCUUCCCCUAGCUGCAUCAACCGUCGCGGCGAACAUUAUUCUCCGAUCCAGCGUCGCUGCCGGGUUCCCGCUUUUUGCCAAGCAGAUGUUCAAGAACCUUGGGGUGCAGUGGGCAGGGACCCUAAUUGGAUGCUUGGCGGCCAUUAUGAUUCCUAUCCCACUGCUGUUUAAGAAGUAUGGGCCACAGCUGCGAGGGAACUGGGGAUAUCAAUGUCACUACCACAGUGAACGACGCGUGCGACAGCAGAAACCUUCGGAUCCACCUCUCAUGCACGAAACCAAGCCCAGUCCCGGACAUGCAAGCUCCUACACCGAGUCGCUGGAGGCGAACUCAGGCGCAGCGUUUGUGAGAAAGAUUGGUCUGAAGAUGGAUCCGGCAAACGCACCUAAAUUGAACCUCUUCGGGUGGAAUGUUGGAAGGCGCAAACCCCCGCCCGGUCUAACCACCGUCUUACCUAUGCCAAUUAUCGAUAUUCUCUCGCUUACCCAUAUGAAGGCUCUAGCCAAUAUCUACUUCGCUAAGGUCGACCCCUGUUAUGGCUUCAUCGAUUCCUCCGUUUUCUUUCGUCGCCUGGAGGCCCGUUGGCGGGUGUCUGCGGAGGACAAUACUUAUGACGGGGUGCUUGCGGGAGUCGCUGCUCUGGGAUUGCUAUUCUCAGAAGUUACUAUAAAUGUCACCGAAGCGCAUUUGGUGGAACUGGCCCGUUCGAUCGCGGAUACACACAUCGGCUCUGCGGCUCCAUCUGUGGAUGUGGUCACCACAUGGGUGCUUCGAGUGAUUUAUAUGCGCAUGACUGCCCCGCCAUACCCAACGUGGAUCGCCAGCUCCACCUUAAUGCAUUUGAUCGAAGCGUCGAAGCUCCAUCAGGACGCAUUAUACGAGUCAUGUGAUCCCGAUACCAGGCGACGGUUGAUCGGAGUGGCCCAACAUCAGAAUCUCUGGAUCUCGUACGACUUAGGCCUUUCGAGGGUUUCUUUCCCUCAUGACACAGUGACCCUUCCGGCACCGAGCUCUGGUGAUUUUACGGUAGAACUUCUCGGUCUCUUGCCGCUUUCUACGAGCCUAGGUCCGGAGAAUCUGCGUCAGGACCAGGAGAUCGAGGAGUUGUUAUUGCAAACAUUGAGCCGGAGUCAUACGCAACCACCAUCCGUUCUGGCUCAGUGCAAUCUCGUCCUCUGUUUGCUGCGACGCCUUCAUAUGAGAAACCUUGUGACGUCUCCAGCCACGAUGGAACGAGUCAUGGAACAACUCAAACGAAGCCUAGGGGCUGCUCGGCGAAUGUUGUCUGAUUGUUGCCCUUGGCAACAUGUGGCCAAUGUGCCGUUUCAGAUGAUUAGUAUUCUUCUCGAGAUGGACACGAGUGCCUCCCUUGAGCUUCUACCGGACGCGAUGCAGACCCUUAGACUAGUUGCUGUUACCUACGAUACCGAGACCAUGCGCGAGGCGUACGGUACGGCGUGCCUGUUGAUUCUUCUCUACCAACGACGCAGACAUGCGGACACCAAAUUGCUCAGCGGGCUAUUAGAGGAUCACCACCAGCCAUCCGGCGCUGACUCACCGAUCCGAGCAACUAUUCCCAGCUCCGACGAGGUGUCCUGGCUUGAAGGGUUAGUCGCGGAAGUGCCCACUUUGCAGGGUCUCGACUUUGGUCAAUUUUGGCAGCCCGACAUGGUCCCACUACCCCUGGACGCUUCGGGUGUCUGGGCGCGACCGGCUUGA